AUGCGGUUCAUUCUGUCCCUUCUCUUCCACGUAGUUCACCUCCCCUUCACAACUGCAGAGGUUCUGGGUGAAUGGACGUUGCGAUCUCUUACGCGUACAUGCGAUGCUGACGGCAAGUCUUGUCAAUACUCCCUAGACAUCAGCAUCGAGUAUUUUCCGAACACAACCGAUCCGAACGCAGAGACUAAGGUCGGUUCUGAAUGCGGCUUUUCCGUAAAAGCUGGUGCCUUUCCUGAGGAUAACCCGCCCAAUCUCCUGGCGAACGAGACCUCCUUCAAGGCCGUGGAUUGCUGGGAAAGUCGGCUCGUAGAGCAGCCGUCGCAACCGGACAGCCAGCCUCGGUUUGUGGUCAACGGAGGUUAUGAUAGGGUGGGCAAUUUCUGGACGAUUGUACCAACCGAUCGGAAGAGGGAUGCGUAUGCCUUCUUUGGAUAUCCUGAGGAGGAGCUGGAGAGCGGGGUGACUGCCAAAGAGGCGAAGAAGGCCAAGGCAUUGAAGGUUGGGACCUUCGAAAGGGGAGUUGAGGUUUGGGGUUUUGAGGGGAAAAUCAAAAGGGAUAAUGAUAAUGUCAAUGAGGGGGAGCACGCAAUCAAAGUGAUGGCGCUGGAUGUUCAGGAGUGGAAGAAGGUCGAAGGGAGGAUGUGGCAGGUCAAAGGAUUGACCAGGUUCCCCGACCUCAGCCUCAACGCGACCGAUAUCUCGUUUAGCAUCAUCGACAACGUCGGUGCAGAGACGCAUUGUUCCCUUGCCAUCCGUGGCACAGACCCCCGAGAGAGCUGGUAUGGCAAGGCGUGUGGCAGAGACUUCACCAUUUCAUGGGGAUACAACGGCAGGGCCGAUAGCGCAGUGAUGACCGUGUGCUACCCGAGAAAUGGAACAAGUGCUUGGUUUGGGUUCGACCACGUCAACAAAGCCUUGUAUUUGGGAAACUCACGAAAGGAGCCUGUUUAUUACUCAGGCUGUGCAUGA